AUGGACAGACGAAAGUACCAACAAGACAUACGAAGUGAUGAACUCAGGGUAGGCGAUGAGGAGACCCACAAAAUGCACCCCUGCAAUGUUGAUAAGGACUAUGUGGCAGGUAAGGUUAAAAUGAAUUUUACGUCUAAUUUUGACUUGGAGGAUAAGGAAAAGGAGGUGAACCAAUGGGGGGAGAAAAGGGGGACCCAUUAUAAGCUGAAUGAAGACACGAGAAGCGCAUACAACAUUGGAGCGGCCGAUAUGAAUAACAAGUUUGAGAGCAGUAUGAACCUUACGCAAGUUAACCUUCCUGUAAGUGAGGAGCAAAUUUUGUUAUCCAGCCAAAAUGAUUUACACGAUAAAGAAAGGGAAAAAGAAAGGGAAAAAGAAAGGCAAAAAGGGAAGGCAAAAGACAGCUGUGGUAUUGAUCCAAUGAGCCACAUAAAUGUGACUUUUGCAGGUGGACACAUAAAUGCGCUGAGUCCAGAACAGCAACGUAGCGGUGGUAGCAAACGCAUCGAUAUACGCCCUCUGGAGAAAGUCGAUGGGCAAAGGAACCCCCACGAUGGUGGUACAUCUCGGACAAACAUUAAUAUGAAUAUCAGCGAUGAUCAGAGGAGGAGUGGUCUGGACGGUGCACAUAUUUCAGCGACACGAGAGCAAUAUGUGAAUACAGUUACUACUAAUUUUGAAACGUGGUGUAAUAAGGAAGUGUCUGUAAACGAUCAGUGCUCCUGCAACACAGGAGUGCAUAAAGAAGGCGCGCACCUCCGGGAAGCAAUUAGGGCUCGGGGUGUAGGAGCUGAUGACACCGCGCAUGAAGAAGAACAGAAGGACUGUGCCAUGGUAAGCGUAGAACAGGUGUGCAGAUGGGGAAGUGGAAUGGACAACGUGGAGAGUUAUUACGAUAAGAAGAGCGCGUGUCACAUGAUGCAGGGGGGACGUAGCUCUGCCCUUGGGGAGGAAGAGCAAGAUGAGAAAAGCAAAACUAAUCCUAUAAUAAUGCAAGGUUUGAAUGAGGUAAGAAGGAAUAAUUCCAUGAACACGUCAGGUAGUUACGUAGACAAUGGAAAGAAAGAUAAUAUUUAUGAAGAGAGUUUUGUGAGGUGCUCCAAUUUGCAACAGAACUACGUUAGUGAAGGUCACCUGGAUGAGGAAAACAAACGAGCGAAUGUCUUCCAUGGAGAUGACACCGACUGGGUAAGCACUGUCAACACGAAGGAGACCCCCCCGAAUGUAGAAGAUCGUCCUAGUAAUAGGUGCCCUCUUGUGAAGGACAUUGUUCAUUUGAGAAAAAACCUACAUGGGGCAGAAAAGGAAAGUAAGUUGGGGAAGUCUCUACAAGUGGGAUGCACAAAUAUACUUGUCUGCAUCGGUACGGAGAUAAAGGAAAAGUGGACCGCAAAUGCGCCGAAUGGGGACACUCCCAAAUUACCUGAACAAGUUAGGAAGAUUGAUAAUGAAUUGGAAAUAACGAAUGAAGAAAUUAAAAAUGUUGGGCAGGAUAACUUGGAAGGGUACAAAAAAAAUGUAUGUAAAGCAGAUUUAGAGCAAGGUCCAAACGAGACAGUGAGUCACGAAAGGGUUAGUCGCUUUCCAGGUGAUGCGGUGAUAGGCAUUGUUUCAUCGGGGAAAAUUGAUGCACCUGCUGGGGGAGGAAAAAAUAAUGCAAUUAAUUACAUUGGUGUAGAAAAUAAAACGGAUGCCCAUUUGGCCGGUGGUAAUGAAGAACAUUUUUCAUGUGCAGAACGCGCAGUAGAGCAAUUGGAUGGAGCUCCAUUAGGUGCACCUCCAUUAAGGCAGAGCUCACAGGAGAGGAGAACCAAGAUGGGUAUCCCCAUACGCAUUGGAGCAGUGGUUGAUGAAACAGCACAUAGAGGAAUGGAACAAACAGCUGUUGAGGAAGAAGGUAAGAAAAAAGACAGGUCACCAGAAAUGUGUAAAGUAGGUGUAGAUGUGUCAAACGAGUUAGAUGACAAGUCUAGGAGCAAACAGAUCAGCUUAUGCAGGGAGAGGGAAAAUGGGUUCACUCCUCAAGAUAUAUUAAGCAAAAGUAAGUAUAGCACGGACAACCAAUUGGUAGGCGUAAUUCCUAGAACGUUAGUAAGUGUAGACUACACACCUGAUGCACAUGGGGUAGGGUUCAAAACAAGUAGAACCCGUUUUGGCGAACGAAAAUUGAUUCAUAUGGUGGAUGCGAAAUGGUCUGAAGGGGACAAAUAUAUUAUGGACAAUUAUCAGAGAUGCGAAAAUAUUCCUAUGGGUAUAUAUGGAAAUGGCCACGAGGAAAUAUUGGCCCACAGGACUGAUGCCUACAGCUCAUUUGAGAAGGAGAUGAAUAGCGCCCUGUUAGAUUUACACAAGGACGGAGUAGAUGUGUGCCAAGAUAGCAUCACACAUUUGAGUGAUUGUAAAAAGAAGAAGAAAAGAACUGGCAUUCCACUAAACGAGAGAAAAUACUACCGUGUGCUAGCUAAACAGAUGGUAAAAAUUCAAGGACUAACUUUCGACCACAACCAGAUCAGGUGGAUUGCGUACUGGAAGAACGAGAACAACAAACAGAUUCAGAAGCACUUCCCUGUGUGUAAGUACGGGUUCUACAAGGCGCGUCAGCUGGCACUGGAGUUUAGAAACUCGAAAUUCUCCCCAGGCAGUCAGGCAGUGAGUAUGCAAGCGGUGGCCAUCAGUGAAGUAGACAAACCAGGAGUGAACAGCCUUGGAGUAGAAAAAGGUGGGGUGAUCAACUGCGGAGUGAAUCCUCCCCAAAGCAGCAAAAAGAGCAGCCACAAAAAAGAUGUCGCAAGGGUGAGAAAUCAGGAGCCCACGCAGAAGGACAGCCAACUGAUAGAAGCGCACACCAAAAAUAAAAGAAAAGACGCAAAGGUGGGGAUUCAUAACCCCCGCAAGAGGAGCCGGAUAAGCAGCAGACGUGUCGAUCUGAGUGUAGAACGGGGAGGAAUUGUGGCUAAUCCAAGUCACGCAGCGAGGACCAUGAAACGAGACAAUGAACCCAAAAAUGUGGACGCAAAAUCGAAUUUAACAUGCGUUAAUAAAAGGAUAAAUGCAUGUAGAGCAAGCGCAUAUGAAGAAAAUAAUCCCAUUGGAAGAUCAGCGGUAGGAAGUUUUUCUGGAGGACGAUAUGCACGGAUGACAAGACCUGAUUUAAAAAACGUGCACAAUGUUUUAGCUUGUGAGAGCGGACACAAUUUAAGCAGCAUUCCAAAUGUGCCCCAUUCGACCAUCUCGCAAGGGUUCCCCGAUUUCAUGGGGAACCAGGUGGUGGGUGGUUUGACAAACUUGAGCGAUUUUGGCGGCUACAUAGGGGGAAGGGAAAACAGAUACGAUCAGAACAACCAUACCACUACAGACGGGCAUCCCCCCAAUAGACACGAAUUCGCGACGGGGUCAUACGGUUCAGUAAACUUCUACGACCAAAAUGGAAUCAUAAUAACAGGACCACAGAUCAACGCAUGGCAUAGCGAACAUGGGGGAAGAAACAACUACACUUACAUGGUUAAUAAUUUCGAAGCGAUGCCAAGAGGACACAAUAUUGCUAUGUCCUCGUGUCUAAGUGGAGUGCCAACUGAGGUAGCCUAUAUGAAUCAUGGGAUGAGUGGAGAGCCUUUAUUGAAUGGUCAAUUUACGGAUACGCAUAAGAAUGUGUCGAACCAGCUGAACCCGUUUUUUGGUGUCAAUGAUGGGAGAAACUUACAGACAGUCACAGAUGCAGCAAUGUCGAGUAAAUGGGGAGGACAUACACAAAUGGGAAAUUAUAUCCAUUGCUCCAAUUUUAAUAAUGCGGAUAUGAAGAACGAGGGUGAGGAGACCUACUCGCCCUGUUUUAGAGGUGUACCGUGUGGGUCGCCCCAGCACAUGCGAGGUGGCACUUAUCAGUACCAGUACAGUAGUAUGAAUGAGGGAAGGACACAAAACAUGGGUCCCCACUUUAACAGUGCAAAGGCACUUGUGGAUGGUACAUGGAACAGUCCAUACGAGGAAGAGACUGGAGCGAACCCUAGUAAUCAUUCGACAGUGGAAAAUUGCGUUAAGAAUUCCCUGGAAGGUAGGAGAGUUAGAAGUAGUGCCAUUUCCAGUGGCAGCUGCGUUGGUGGUAUCGGGAGCCAGGGAAUGGUUAAGACACCUCUUGCUAUCCUAGCAGGGGACAACCCAAUGCAGAACAAGAAAAAGGAGGACCUCACUCUGAGUCUGAAUGUGAACAUGCAUAGUAGGGCAAAUGGUGAAAGGAGCGAGCGUGAGACAUGGAACCUAACUAGGGCAUCCACAGCGACACACAUUUCGGAACAUUUGGGUGAAUUGAUAAAUGUAAACAGAAGUAUAUAUUGUGAGCGCAGUCAGGGAAGGAGUCUCCCCAGUGAAGGGGGCGCAUCGGGCGAAGUGGUAGGACGACUGAUGAACAAGGGGGAGGAGAGCACACGGGGAAAGGUAAACGUUUUGGGAGACAACGCCGAGGCGUGUGGAAGGCUAAGAAAUUCACCUGAACAAUGGAUAAGCAUUCAACCCAUGGAAAAAGACAAGACGACAAUAAAAAACGCAUGUGUUGAGAAUGGGCAGGCGGGAAAUGUGGCAUGUGGUCAAUCUGUGGAGGGAGUAACUUCUGCAUAUGCAGUAGGCACCACCGUUGGGAACCCGGAACGGAAAACGUCAGAGAGAAACGUCAUGAGUAAAAAUAAAGGGAAAAAAAACAAUUCCGCGAAAAGAACGAACACAAAGGGGGAGAGAAGUUGCAAUGAUUCGCAUAUCCGCGAAAACAGUAUAUCCUUAGUGUCAGAAAGUGUUAUCGUUAGUCGGAGCUACCAGUGGAAUGGGGAAGAAGACAGAGGGGAGACGCGUGCAAUUGGUAGCGGCGAAAAGAAACAGGGUGGAAUGUCUAGGGAGGUGUCCAAAACAAAGAGUUCCAAAAAAAGUGCGAAAGAGAAGAAAAAAGAAAAAAACGAAUUAAAUGUUGAUCACACCGGCGGAAAGCAAAACAGAAACGGGUGCAACCAAAUAUGUGACUCGAAGAAUAAAGGGAGUGAAGAAGUCAGCUCUGCUCUAAACAACCCCAAUGAAUGGACGCACAGUAUGAGCUUGAUCCAGAGGAAAGGUAACAUAAGUGAGGAACCAAACAACGCAGUAAUGUAUGAGGAAAGAAAAUGCACAAGUGAGAAACAAUUAGAUUCGUGUGGUCAGUUGAAUCAGCUCUCGCCAAAUACUCCUUUCUCUGUUUCCAUUGGAGAAUACAAUGUGCCACAGUGUGUCUUAGGCCCCAGUGGUGCGAAGAAUGGAGAACGUGGAAGGGAGAAAGGGUCAAGCGAGUUAGGAAAAAAAGAGACAGGAGUAGUCGAAGAGGAGGAAGAAGAAAUGUAUACAUACAAGUUAAAUGAGUUGGAAAAAAACACUUGCAAUGAUCAAGAUGAAGAUGAGUACUACUACAACGAGAUCAUGAAAAUGCCCAAGAUUAAAGGAGUCCAUUUUGAUAUCAGACAGAAAAGGUGGUGUGCCUAUGGGCAUAAAAAAAAAGAAUGCUUCUCUGUGUAUCGUUAUGGGUUUUUAAUUGCGAGAGAGCUAGCUGUGAAAAGUCGAUUAAAAGUGCAGAAAAGGAAGAACAAUAUGAAAUUAAAAAAAAAUAAAAAUUAUAUGAACAGCGAAAAUGUCUGUGGCAAAAACGGUGUGUCUCCAGUGAAGAAACAAAAGACCGUGGGGGACAAACAAACACACAGUACUGACAAUUUGGAUAUUUCAUCUCUGCCAUAUGAUGGCUUAGAUAGGAAUAAGAACAGGGUCAGCUUGAAUGAUUAUACUAGUCCCCCUUCUCAAAUUGGCUCAACGGCAUGCACGCCUACCACUCAGUUUAACGACCAAGAGGGGCAUCCCAUGGGAAGCACAACACCAACCGGUGACUCGAACUCGCAUGAACAUGAUAAACAGCAUGAGGUCAUGGAUGAUAGGAUUGAUAUGAACGCAAAUUUGUUUCCAAUACAGUUUGCGCACUCAGGCGAAACGGAGUCGUUAAAGGGACCCAGUGCUAGAGGUAGCAAGCUUCGCCCCUACAAGGGGAGUGGUGCGAGUGGCACUUAUAUAGGUAACCCUUACGGGGGGUUCUACGAUAAGCCAGAUAGGUAUGCAAACCGCAGUUAUACCGGAAUGCCGAGCGAAAUGGAGGGCCCCACCAGGAGACACCACACGGGAGAAGUUGGCAGCAAGAGGGGAAGUGGUGCACAGCACAUUGUUCCGCUUGACAACAUGGUGCACCAUUCUGAGAAGGUCAAAAAUUGUAAUUACCUAGGAAACUUGAAUCGAAUUAGUAACGUCAAUCAGGCGCAGGAGCAAAUGGAAUUUUGUGGUCCGAACGAGCAACUUUUCCUGAAUGGUGAGGUCACAAGUGACAACCUGUAUGACGCAUAUAAUGGAAACGGGGAGAUGAAUCAGAUGAUUCACUCUAGUGAGGGGAGGGAAACAAUGAAUUUUUUUAACAUGAGGAAUGUAGAAAGGUGUGUCUUUAGAGGACCCAAUGACGAGUGCCAGUCGUAUAACGGAGAUGUGAAUUUGUAUAGUGUGGCAAGGGCAAAUGCGGACAUGCAGAAAAUGGGUUCUGUUCCGAUUAUGUCUAUUCCGAUGGGAUGCAUUCCUGUUGGGCUCGCCCCAUGUUUGGGAAAUGGAUCCAUAAUGAGUAACUCCGCCAAUGAAGAGGCGCGCAACAGGUUUCACAGAAUUGCUGUCAUGAACGAUGGGUAUGUUGGCAGCAGUAGAGAACAGGUUAGGGUAAAUGAGGUCAUGAAUACUCAAGGGGGGUUCCAACUCGGGGUGGGUGCCGGUCUACCAAUUGAUUCGAACAAGACAUGCGUUCCAGACAUGCAGCACAGGAAUCGCACGAAUAAUAGAACCCACAGAAAUGGAAUCACAGAUGGGAGUAGAGAAUGUGUGCAGAAUAAGGAAGAAGUCGCAAUUGUAGAACCCGUAGUGGAGAGCAAGCCGAAUAGAAUGAGACUUAAAAAUGAUGUUGUGGCAAAUGGCUACUGCAGUUUUAGAAGCAAUUGUGAGAAGGGUACACCAGUGGGGAGUGAUAAAGGUGGGGGCACUAACCUAACAGCUAAUGCGGUGACAUGUGUGAACAGUACCCCACAGGUCAACAGUGGGGGGAAGCCCUUUUUAGAGGUGCAUGGGGGCAGCAUCGGUGGGGCUGCAAAUCGUAUUGAUGGGAAGGCGAACGCGGGGAUUCACUUCCUUGGGAUUACUCCUUCCCCUCAACAAACGGCUGCUCAGAAUAUGCUCCUGCAGUUUCCCCACGGGAACAGUUCACAGGGACAAGGGCCGUUUAUAAACAGCUGGGUUACAGAAUCAGGGAAAAAUCUUCCGAGUGCAAAAAUCUCCAUAGGGAACCCUACACAAAGUGCAUGUGACACCACCCCCAGGAUUAACACAAACCAGUGGGGAGUCCAAAAAAAUAGGGAACGGCAAAACGAUGUAGGAAGGGUAAUAAAUAUGAGUGAUACGAAUUUUUUACAGAAUGAUAUGAACAGGGGGGUAGUAGAAAAUUAUUGUGCGGUGAGAAGUUUCGAGCCAUAUGGGGCACAUAAUUUAAUGAGGAACACCACCUGGAGACGCAGGAAUGUAGAAAGUGAUUGUGCGAAGGGGAAGAUAACUUCAUGUUUGGUGGCGGAGGAGAAGACGAACUCUGGGGUCGGGAAAGAACCGCACGUGGAAUAUGACCGAAAUGUGGCACACAUAGGAAGUGGCUACUCAGAAUAUAAUAUGAAUCCCUGCGUUGAUGUGAAUGACUCUUUUGCGCAAAAUGAACAGUGUGUCACACUUGCGUGCAAAAACUAUGGCGGGGAUGCAUUUAUAAUCCCGUUUGGUGAAGAGGGAAAAAAUGAAACGGACAAACAUUUGGAAGAAAAUGAGAAAAAAUUCUUACAUCAGAUUUUUCAGGACAACAGAAAUAUAGGCCAUAUCGAGGUGGACAUAAAAAAUAAACCAAUAGAGAGCUGCCUUGAGAAAAAUAAACGUUUGAACUUCGAAGAGGUUAACAUGUUUAACGCGGAGGUUGAUGAGGUUAGGGAACCAGUAGUGAGUGUGAACACUGCAGAAUUGGAUAGAAACGAACGUAGAAACGAAAGGGUUUCUCCCCCCAAAUGGGUUCAGAUAAACGGGAAGGCAAUCUCUUAUGACAAGGUAGAUGUGGGAAAGACAGACCGAGAGGCAACAAACAAAGGUGUAAAAAUUAUGAAGAGAGAGAAAAAAAAGAAAAAAACAAAAGAAGACAUAACAUCGCAAUCGGUUAAUCAUAUUUUCCAUUCGUUGGAUGUAGCAAAUGUACAGUGUGAGGAGAAACAAGCCUGCAGUGAUAAGAAUAAAAGGUGCAAAAGUGGGUUUGCCAAUUUUACAGGUUCUGAUGAGACAUGCACGACAUGGGAGGAUGGCGCACAAACCUGCCUCUUACCAGAGAGCACUUUGGACGGAAAUCAAGGGGAAGAGAAUGGGGUAGGUGGUACACAAGAUACUGCCUCCAAUAGGUCCCCAAUACGAGUUCAUAUGUUUAAAUGCCACACCAACAGGAGCGACGCCUGGGGGAGGAGAGGUGAGCUGGUGGGAAAGUACAAAUGUGGGAGAGGAAUGAAUGCUGAAUUGAGUAAUUCAGGGGAGUGUGAAAACUCGGGGGCAACGUCCACAUGUGGAGUGCAAUUCAAAGGAACAGGAGCCACGAUGCAAUCGAAAAUAAAACCCAAGUUGGAUAUGUUGAUGUUAGAUGGAACUACAACUGGUGAGGAAGAAGAGAAGUAUAGUAAGCUUUAUCCGCGGAGGAGAAUUAAUUUCCCCCUUUUACAGAACAAAAGGAGUGAGUUAAUUUGCCAACAGUAUGACCCGUAUGGUGGGAUGGUGAUAAGAGCAAAGGGGGGAAGUAACGGAAAUAUCAAAUCAGGUGAAGAACAAGGGGGGGAUCCAUUGGUAUUCUUAAAAGGCACUGAUAAGGGUGGCACAGAAAACAUCAUUUGUGAUGAUCAUGGGAAGGUGAUGCUAAAUGGGGGUUUACCAUAUGUUGAUUUUCCAUUUACGUUUAGCACGACGAAUGGAGAGUCUCCCCCCAAUGGCAUAAAAUGCGAACAAUUGAAGGACAAUCAAAUGAACCCACUGGAAAAACCCCAAACGGUGCGUCGAUUUGAGAAUCGCUAUGGAGGAGGAAAAAGUGGACACUACGCAGAAGAAGCUGCAAAUGGAUUGGUUUUAAAAAAUGUGGAUGCUUCAAGAGCGGAUUUGUUGCAUCCUUCGAACAACAGGAGCAACGACAGAGAAGUGAAUCGUUGGGAUGUCCUGGCAGGUGCACUACGAGAUGGAAGAUUUAAUGGUGGGUUUUUUAGGGCAGCACCGAAUUGUUUUUUAAGUAAGGGCGCUCCAGAAAAGGCCAGCAACGAAGAUGUGCACCGUUUUGAGGCCGACAGGAUGAUGGCGGCAGCGGAGGUUUUUUUGAAUAGGGACUACUUCGACGUGUGCGGCAAUGUACCUGUUGUAGAAGGGGACACGGUGUUCAACGGAGUGAUAAGUGAAGUGCCAAGAGGCGGGCACAGCGAAUGGCUCAGUAGGGAUAGCCGGAAGCGGGAUAAUAAAAAAGGGACCGUUCUUAAGAAUGUCCACAUAUUGAGAGAGUACGGCGAAAGGUUUCCCCACCGUGGGUCAGAAGAAGGGGGAGUUGCAUAUGAGAAAGCAGUGGAUGGAAAUACAAGCAGAGUGGACAGCCUUCUGGACAGAUAUUGUUUAUCCCUUUUUGGAAGUAUGAAGAUUAGCGAUUUUAUGCCUAUGCAUUGUGGGGGCACGCAGAUAGAGCAGGUCCUUUUCGUGGAGCCCUACCAUGAGUACGCCUGUUUGAGUUUACACGACCUUAAUAUGAACCGAGCAAAGGAUGUCAACCAAACCAUACAUUUUAAGAAGCUCAUUUUGAAGUACCUGAUUAUGGACUUAUUUCACAACAUAAGUGUGCCAGAAUUUUCUAAAAUGACAAAUGAUAGAACCCAUUUUUUUGUGAACCCACAGAAAUAUGCAUCUAGUUACCCCCUUACAAAUGAAGUAGACAAAAAUAGAGACCUUCUGCAAAGGGUUGAGAAGUACCAUUUAAAAUGUGUUAAUAAUAUUUAUGACAUGAAAUUUGUUCAGCUGUACUGGGAUGUGUUCAUGACUUGCUUGGUGAAGAACGUCACGGCGAGUGUGUUGCCCUUCGAAGAGCAUUGCAUGGUUAUGCGCUCCCUGCUGCUGCUUUACCUGGAAAGCUGCUCUUCCGGGGGACAGAAGUGUUCGUAG